AUGGGUGCAGCUGAAUCAUCAAUGUUCAACUCUUUGGAGAAAAAUUCCAAUUUCUCCGGUCCAGAGCUCAUGAGGUUGAAAAAACGAUUCAUGAAACUAGACAAAGACGGAUCAGGUUCAAUCGACAAGGACGAAUUCCUGCAGAUCCCCCAAAUAGCAAAUAACCCUUUAGCACAUAGGAUGAUCGCUAUCUUUGAUGAAGAUGGAAGUGGUACAGUCGAUUUCCAAGAGUUUGUAGGUGGUUUGAGCGCGUUCAGUUCAAAAGGUGGAAGGGAUGAGAAAUUGCGUUUCGCUUUCAAGGUGUACGACAUGGACCGAGAUGGAUACAUCUCAAAUGGUGAAUUGUAUUUGGUCUUGAAGCAGAUGGUGGGGAAUAACUUGAAGGAUCAACAAUUGCAACAAAUCGUAGAUAAGACAAUCAUGGAAGCGGAUAAAGAUGGUGACGGCAAAUUGUCUUUCGAGGAAUUCACCAAUAUGGUAGCCAGUACGGAUAUCGUCAAGCAAAUGACACUCGAAGACCUAUUCUAG